AUGAAUCCAGUCUGUACGCACCCGGCUCCAGGGAGAAGUUCACGGCGAAGAGAAAGCAACCUGGGAAACUAUUUAAAGACAGAUGAUGGUCGAUCAAAGAAAAGAGGUGAAGAAGUUGAAGUGUCCAGAAGGCCCUAUUGGCUAUGGACACGCUUAAGAGCAAGCCGCAAUGGAAGUCUCCAAGCGGAUUCGGAUCCAUUCAUGUGUGGACCUAACACCUUUGAGACCUUCGACGUGGUACCACGGUCUCGAUAUGCCUCGAUGGUGAAGAUGGGACCUGCGAAGGUCAGACUGGCUUUUUCACCGGCACUGUGA